UGAUGAAUUUUGUUAUAAAUUUUAUAUGAUUGACAAGAAAACUUGAUAUUAUACAAGUGAUGUAAUUAAACAAUUAUUUCAAUGAAAUAUUAAUUUUUUCGAAUGUCUUGCUCUGAGACAAAUUUUUGCCCUAACUUUUAUCCACGGAACAGUUGUAUAGUUGCGUCUAUUAUCAUUUUACAUGUGCGUGAAAGAUAUGUCAGAACAUAAGAGUAGAUGUACGUAGAAUUGUAGCUGUUUUGACAAUGUAAUACCCGAGAAAUGUAAGCAAUAUUUUUCUCCUCACGAACUCUUACGUGUGGCACAAAGGAUUAAAAAGCCGUUGUAAUGUUACGGACAAGUGCAAAUUUGGUUAGAUAGGAUUUGACAGCCGGCAGGCUUGUCGUAAGUGAUUUACGAUCGGCUUUCUAUAAAAAUGAACAGUCGCAGUAGCGUAAAUGAAACGAAUUUGGUGAAUUUCUCGGCGGAGCUGUCAACAUUAAACCAGUUGGAUGCAAAAGAUGGAUUGCUGAGUUUUCCUUUCGACCACAUCUACGCAUGUCAUUCUCAAAGUUCAGAAAGAAGGCAGCCUCUUCUUUUAGAAAAAGAAGUUGAAGUAUCGACGCACUGUGUUACGACAGAAGAGAAAAAGAUUGCAAGUUCUUCUGAUGUGACAAGGCUAACAGAUAAGCUUACUGUUUCUGAGAACCAAAAUAAAAAGCUUAAAGAUCUGUUAAUCUAUCAUUUGGAUCUAAUUCAGCAACAAAACGAACUUAUUACCAAAAGAGACAAAUUGUACCAAACUCUGAAACAGGAAAAUGAUACCCUUAAGGCAAAAUUAAUUCGAAUGGACAGAAGAAUAGGAUUGAGUCAACGGCACACUGUCAAUCCUCCUCUAUACACACCAACAUCAACAAUCACAUCGGGCAUCCUUAAGAACGAUCAAGGCGCUUCCCAUAUUAUGUUAAAUAGCUUUACAGAACUGCUUUUACCAGAUAAAGGAAAUUCAUAUAUUUUUGAUAACAAUAAACCUUUUGGACAGGAAACUUUCGGGAUAGCUAGAACGACUAGGGAGCCAGAGGUACCAAAUUACGCGUCAGGUGACAUAAAAGUUCCGGCCUUCGAUAAAAAACAUAAUUGUGAUAAUUACAAAAUGAUUGACAACAAGAGAUCGAUUAUUAAGAAAGAGAUGAAGACUGAGAAUCGUGCGGAGGCGAUGUACACUGUUACAUCGAACAGCGGCACUCCGAUUAUCCAAAGAAUACAGAGAAAUAGACGAAAGACCUCUGGAAUUGGCAGUUUGAGUCGCAUGUCAAAGACUCCUAAGACACAACCGGCCGAAACGACCACGUCUAAAAGUAAAACAAAUACCGAUCCAACGUAUGAUCGAUCGUAUAGUGUCAACAAAAAGUCGAAAAUGAUUAACACCUACGGGAAAUCGAGGAAUACGACCAUACCAAAGCGGACGAGCCAAUUUACAGGAUCAUUGUCAGAUAGAUUACGGCUAAUCGACACCACACCUACAGGGGAGGACCCCUAUCAGCUCGGCGAGGCGGACAUGAGGGAACAGUCACCGAUUCCCAAGUUAAUGUUACAAAAAACCAAUCACGGACGAAUGAAGAUAUGCUCGGAUUCCGGCGAAACAUCCCGACGUAUCUAUGAUCUACCUGACACCAAGUCGAAGCUGAACAGGUUUAUGUCCGCUUACGACCAAGCCAAGAAGGAUCCAGAGAAAACGACGAUGUUCGAUGAACCGGCUGAUGAUAUGUUGAAGGGUGAGCCUGAAAUCGAUUGGCGAAUGUUCACAGAUAAACCUGUUAAUGAUAGCAGUCUGUGUGACUACGCGUUUGGGGAGACGAAUAGUAAUUUGUCCUCGAUAAUACCGUCACUGGACGCUAACGAGUUUCAGGAAUUGUUCACGUCAGACGCUGCUCUGAAUUUGGAUAAUUUGAAUCAACUGGAUUAUCCAACAGAGAAAUUGAUCCCAGAAAAAACUAAGAGACGAAAUGCGCGUACCACGAGUCUUAUCGGUCCUAUCGAUGAAGAGGGCGUAGAAAUAAAACGGGGUACUCCCAGCACGCGGGGUAGAAAGAGGGCAUUUUCUGCCAUUAGUCUUGGGAAACAAAGUGCAAAGGGGCCGACAAAACCAAGAGCUACUAGAGGCAAGGCCGCAACUCGUGGUAAAAGAUCUCCCGUACCUGGAAUGAUGACGAAUAAACCAUACCCCACGUUGGUUGGCGAUAAAGAUCUCUCCUGGUAUUUUGGAUUAGACCCAGAUUUGAAGCUUGAGGACGUCGAUCCGCCGGCGGAUACCCAAGCGUCUACUGUCGAGGUACCAAGAUGGCGGGAAAAGCCGUAUACAAGUUGUUACACUAUGGAAGGUACAGAAAAUGUUGACGAUAAGGUUUUUGAGAAAAGACAUCAGAAAUUAGAAGCCGAAGAGAGGCGGCAGUUAAGAUGGCACAUGAGACGGAUAAGGGAGCAACGUCACGUCGAACGUCUACGUUUAAGGCAGAGGGACUCCUGGAGUUCUACAGUGAACGUGCCCUCUGUUUAUUCAGUAUGGCCAAGACCCCAACAGGACGCCAGGUUUAUUGAGAUAACCAGUGAUUUGCCGGUCACGGGUUUUGGCGAGCCUUUACCGAAGCUGCCUGAAUCUGACUUCAUGCUGCCAUGGGUCCGGACAUCAAAAGCUUUGAAGAGGUCGAAAAGAUCUAAAACUCUUCACUGAGGGUUUGUUUUGGGUUAUUUCGUAGAAAAGCUGAGAAGUUGAUGAACAUUUAAAAGCCAAGUGCGUGUUUUGUGAUAGUGCAACUAUCGAACUUCUAUAGAAAUAAGUAUCAAGGACAUUACUUAUAUUAUAAGAAAUAAAGUAUGUAGUCGAUAAACACACACAUUUAGAGCUAGUGAAUGUCAUUUGCUUUAUAUAAUAUCGUUUUGAUUAUAUAAGCAAUACACCGGUUGCUAUAACAAUUAAAUAGUCAUGUCUAAAGUCAAUGAAGUUGGCAGUUGUUUACGUUUUAACUUUUAAUUAACCUGGCUACCUUUAUUGUUGUUGACUCGACCAUUAAUGGGUUGAAGUAGAUACUAAUUUUGAAUGUCAAAAAUAUUUUAAGGAAAGAUUUGUAAUAAUUAUCGUUAUAAUUGUCUAGAUUUAUGAUAGUGAAUGUGUUGUUGUGGCUCCACUUACGUCGAUAUAUUGUCGUCUCUAUCACAUUACUGCUUUCUUGUUCAGUAUAAUUUGAUUACUUUUAGUUUAUCAAAAAAUCUUUGUGGUCUAGAAUUUUCGUUUCCUUGAAUAGUCAUAUUAUGUUUCAUAAUUUAAACCUCAUGAAUACAAAAUCGAUUUAUUUAAUCAUUAUGUUGGCCGCAAUGCGAUUUUAUUACUUGAGUAUCAAGACACGUUGAUUUUGUUACAAAAUUAAGUGCCUUUCUUGAACAAAGACUAUCAGUUUUUUUUUAUUUUCAAAUGCUAUAUUCUGAAACACUGAUCAAAAUCACAUUAAUUAAUUUGACCUUAAUUCUGAACGGUCAUUGGACAGCAGUUGAUACAACUCAAAUCCAAUCGGAUUCUGAACGGUCAUUGGUCAGCAGUUGAUACAACUCAAAUCCAAUCGGAUUCUGAACGGUCAUUGGUCAGCAGUUGAUACAACUCAAAUCCAAUCGGUGAUCAGUGAGAUAGAGUAUAUAGUGAGUGACAUUUGAUCGUUUACUUAUCUGAAGUUGCAACUUUCUGAAACUGACUGGUAAUAAUCAAUAGAAAAAAAGAAAUGACGAUUUUAUUAAUCGGAAGUGAAUCCACAGCAACAACAUUAAAUUUUAAAUAAGAUCUACAAAAGGUCACAAUCGACUUGGCAAUUUUUGUAAUUAUCGUUUUAUAAUCUGUAUUUAAAUUUUAUUUUUUUAAUGUACAUUGAUUGGCCUAUUUUUUUCUUUUUUUAUAAAAAUAAUUUUCGUAUGUCUUAUAGAACUUCUCUAAAAAUGCUUUAAUGGAAGUCGAAUUAAGU